ACUACUUUUCAUUCUCAAAAGGGUUUGUUCAAGAGUUUCUUACUAAUAGCCUGUGGUCAAGAAUUUCAGCUCAUUUAUUCUCCUUGAGCUGCCGUACGGAUGUCACUAUGUUGCUGUUAAAGCUAGAUCAGCGAUGCUGGUUCUCCUGUGUGUUCCUGCUGCUGAUAGACAAAGUGCCCCUCUCAGUGUCUCUGCAGGAGAUUGAAGCUGGUGUAGGAGACACCGUCAUCUUACCGUGUUCAAACAGCGAUGAGCCACUGCAAUAUAAACUGACUGUGUUCUGGAGAUUCAGAUACAACAGCACUGUGUACGACAUCAUCGACAGCAGAGCAUCGUUUGAUAAACAGGACGCGUCAUUCAGAGGCAGAGUUGAAAGUUUUCCAGCUGAGUGGACAAAAGGAAACUUCUCCAUCGCACUCAGCAAUGUCACGAGGGCUGACACAGGGAUGUACAGCUGCUUCAUUCCCGCUGUCCCUGCAAACACAGAAUUAAUUCUGACUGUUAAAGAGGAUCCAAUUUUAGAAAAUAGGGACAUUAAAAGACGACCAGAGAACGUCCUUCUCUUUUCUGGAGCUCUUUUAGGACUGACCCUCCUGUAUGUCUGAUUUAAAGCACUACACUUUUGAGCCACAUGCAUGCAGAACAGAUUGUCUUCUUCCCACAAUGCAUCCUGAGGCCUUCACUUCCCCAGGUAAAUGGUGCAGACCAGGCGACCUUCUUCCAUCACCCCAAGGUCCGGUCCUGAUGCAUGAGUGUCUAUUGCAGGCACUUAUCCUGCAUCUCCUGUAUCUGCUUCAUCACAACAUCAAAAUGUUUUGGCUUAUUGGUUUAUAUAAAUAUAUGUUUUUUGCAUAAUGCGUAAUUUUUUUUUAAAAACCUUUUUUUAAACUUGUACAUGUACAUAUA